AUGAAUGUCAAAUCACAUCACGAAUGUGCUAAGGAAUGCAUGUUACUGGGAGCUUGUGUGUCUAUCAAUUUUAUACCAAGCAACAAAACUUGUGAAUUCAACUCAGUCGGGAGCGAGACAGCACUUUCAUCAGAUUUCAACAAAACAAAAGGAAUAAUUUUCUCUGAUAUUUCCGAAUGGCCAAAGGCCAUGGUUAGAGGAUGUGCCAACCAUCAAUGCAACAAAACUCAGCGUUGUCUACCUCUCGACUCUGACUCGUAUAAAUGCAAAAAUAUCAUUUUAGUGAUGUUUAAAAAGUUUAAAACAUUAGCAACUACAUCUUAUGCAGCGUGCAAAAUUCCACGAUACUCAGAUCAAAGAGUUGAGGAACAUGUCUCGGUCAUUGCUGGCACUGUCUUUGCUUGUCCAGAUAAUAUGUUUCUAAGUGGUGACAAGGACAUAACGUGCAAUGUGAAUGGGGAUUGGACAGAAUCAGAAGCUACUUGCCAAGGUUUGCCUGGCCAAUAUUGA